AUGUCUUUGAGAACAAGUCCUAUAAAGAUUAGGUUGGCGCUUUUCGGGAGAAAGAACCAGCCGUUAUAUAAUAUCGUUGUUGCCAAUAAAAGAUCGGCCCGUGAUAGUUUACCAAUUGAAGUCCUCGGUACAUAUAACCCAAUUUCAGUUCCUUUAACACCAGCAGAAAAAGUGCAAGGAGUCAAACCAUACAAACAUAUCGAAUUAGACUUUGAUAGAUCUAAAUACUGGAUAGGUGUGGGUGCAGAUCUCUCGGAUCGUGUUAAUUUCUUAUUUAAGAAGGCUGGAUUAUUACCAGAACAAUGGCCAAAUCCAAAUAAAUUAUCUCAGCAUAUUAAUAAAUCAGUUGUCAACGAAGUGAAGACAGUUUACGAAGAACCAAAGCAAUACAUAAGACCAAGAGACUAA